AUGGGUUGUGUCUACAGCUCAGAGUCCGGCAGCAGUCGAACAAACCUACCAACAGGGUCGUCGUCUUCUUCAUCUGGAACUCCAUCAAUAUCAAAAUUGCAGCUUAGUCCAGAUCUAACAUCUUAUCAAGAUGCUUGCCGAUCAGAUCCAGAUCUCCAGUCGUUGGAUUCGUCGCUUCAAUACCGAACAAGUCGGGUCAUAAAUUCUCUGGCCACCGGCGUCGAGGUCCGUUCACUUUCCCUUGACUCCCUUCGUGAAGUCACCGGAAGUCUUCUCGAUAUGAAUCAGGAAGUAGUCAACAUCCUAAUCGAAUCCAAAGAAGACAUUUGGAAUAACGAGGAAUUGUUUUCCUUAGUUAAAGAUUUCUUCGAUCUUAGUAUCCUAACUCUAGAUUUCUGCACAUCACUAGAGGAUUGCUUGAAAAAUGCUCGAUAUAGCUUAUCAUUUCUCCAGAUUGCUAUCAAUCAGUUCGAUGGAGAUAACGAUUACUUAAAAACCCUAGAACAGUUCAAAAAAUUCGAAGCGUUAGAAGGUCCAUUCUCCGAAGAAUUUUUCGAAUUGUUUCAAUCUGUAUACAAACAGCAACUCUCAAUGCUGAAAAAACUACAAAUCCAAAAAGGUAAAGUAGACAAGAAGUUGAAAUCAGCAAAAACAUGGAGGAAAUUGACCAAUAUGAUAUUCGUCAUCACUUUCAGCACUGUGAUAAUCUGCUCUGUGGUGGCUGCCGCCGUCGCUGCACCAGCGGUGCUGACAGCAUUGGCGGCUGCAGCGGCGGUGCCGCUAGGGUCAAUGGGGAAGUGGGUUAAUUCGUUAUGGAAGAAAUACGAGACAGAAUUGAAAGGGCAAAGGGAGAUGAUUAGUUCAAUGCGAAUGGGGAAUUUGAUUGUGAUCAAAGAUCUUGAUAAUAUCAAAGCUUUAGUGGAUAAAUUAGGGAUUGAGAUGCAGGGUUUGAUGCAAAACGCCCAAUUUGCAAUCAAGGAAGAUGAAGAAGAAGCGGUGGCUAUGGCUGUUGAUGAAAUGAAGAAAACAGUGAAUGAUUUUGCAAAAACGAUCGAUGAAUUGAGUGAUCAUUCGGAUAAAUGUUGCAGAGAUGUACGGAGAGCAAGAUUAGUGAUUGUUCAGAAGAUCACGAAGCACCCUAGUGGCUCAAUUUAG